CAUGUCUCAAAUCCACCAAUUCAAAAGCUUUUCCUAGUCUACAAUCUGUUUUGCAUAUUAGCAUAAAUUCAAAAUGGCUCGCACUAAGCAAACAGCCCGCAAAUCGACAGGUGGAAAGGCACCAAGGAAGCAGCUAGCCACCAAGGCUGCCAGAAAGUCAGCUCCGGCUACUGGAGGAGUGAAGAAGCCUCACAGAUUCAGGCCUGGAACUGUUGCUCUCAGAGAAAUCAGGAAGUACCAGAAGUCUACUGAGUUGUUGAUAAGGAAGCUUCCGUUCCAGAGGCUGGUCAGGGAAAUUGCACAGGAUUUCAAGACAGAUCUGAGGUUCCAGAGCAGUGCUGUUGCUGCUCUACAAGAGGCUGCUGAGGCUUAUCUCGUUGGGCUCUUUGAAGAUACUAAUCUCUGUGCAAUCCAUGCUAAGAGGGUUACGAUCAUGCCGAAAGACAUUCAGCUUGCUAGGAGGAUUCGUGGAGAGAGGGCUUAGAGAAGAAGCUUUAUUUGUGUUAUCUUUCUUAGGGUUUUAUUUGUGUCUUUUGUUGAAUGUUAGGGUUGGUGAUGUAUAUCAAAUGACUUGUUUCAAUCCAAUUACUAUGUAUACCUCUGGUUUAGUACUAUGAUGAAAUCUGUAGUUCAUUUUGUUUCAAUUAAAGGUGCUGCUCAUAUUAUGUUUGAGUA